UCUGAUGGCUAACAAGCUGGAUACAGCAAUGUGGAUUUCCCGCUUGUUCACAGUUUACUGCUCAGCUUUAUUUGUCCUGCCUCUUCUAGGGUUGCAUGAAGCAGCAAGCUUUUAUCAGCGUGCCUUGCUGGCAAAUGCUCUUACUAGUGCCCUCCGACUACACCAAAGGCUACCACACUUUCAGCUUAGCAGGGCGUUUCUGGCCCAGGCUUUGCUGGAGGACAGCUGCCACUACCUGUUGUACUCUCUUAUCUUUGUGAAUUCCUACCCUGUUACAAUGAGUAUUUUUCCAGUUCUGCUGUUCUCUUUGCUUCAUGCUGCCACAUAUACAAAGAAGGUUCUUGAUGCACGAAGUUCAAGUAGUCUACCCUUUCUGAGAAAUCUUCUAGAGAAAUUGAAUGCUAAUCAACAAAAUAUUCUAAAAUUCAUUGCUUGCAAUGAAAUUUUCCUGAUGCCAGCUACGGUUUUUAUGCUUUUCAGUGGGCAAGGGAGUCUGCUCCAGCCAUUCAUUUACUAUAGGUUUCUUACAUUACGCUACUCCUCUCGGCGAAAUCCAUACUGUCGGACUCUCUUCACCGAGCUGAGGAUUGUUGUUGAACACUUAAUAAUGAAGCCCUCAUGCCCUGUUUUUGUAAGAAGACUAUGCCUCAGCAGCAUUUCCUUUAUAAGCAGAUUGGCACCAACUGUUGCAUAGCCAAAUUUCAGGCACUUGUGUUUUCUGAACAUUAUGAGCAGCUGGCACUUCUGCUGAUGAUUAUAAAUUCCUGGUUUUACACUGAUCUCA